UUUGCGACGGUGGCCUGGAAGGCGUGGGGGCGGCGCCGCCGUGGGGUUCGGGCUCCCGGGACUCUGUCGGGAUGUCUUUCAAAAGGGAAGGGGACGACUGGAGCCAACUCAACGUGCUGAAAAGACGAAGAGUCGGGGACCUGCUGGCCAGUUAUAUCCCAGAGGACGAGGCGCUGAUGCUGCGGGAUGGACGCUUUGCUUGUGCCAUUUGUCCCCACCGACCUGUGCUGGAUACCUUGGCCAUUCUGACUGCCCACCGUGCAGGCAAAAAACAUCUAUCCAGUUUGCAACUUUUGUAUGGUAAAAAGCAGUCAGGAAAGGGGGUGGAUCAGAAUCCAAGACAGCUGAAUGAACUGAGAAGGGAAGAGACCAAAGCUGAGGCUCCUCUGUUAACCCAGACCCGGCUGAUCACCCAGAAUGCUCUGCAUAGAGCGCCUCACUAUAACAGUUGCUGCCGUCGAAAGCCCAGACCAGAAGCCACUCGUCCCUCCACCUCCCAUUCCUCCUUGCCGCCUCCAGAGGCCGCGCUCCCAGGUGAGGAGAGCAGCGGGCAGCCUGAGGCUGUGGCUGGCCCCCGGGCUGAGGAGUCCUCUGCCGUCUCGCCCCCUGCGCCUAUGAGCCCCGCGAGGAGACGGGCUCUGGCUCACUACCUCACCCUGAGAAGCUCUGGAUGGAUCCCAGAUGGACAAGGUCGAUGGGUAAAGGAUGAGAAUGUUGAGUUUGACUCUGACGAGGAGGAGCCCCCUGGCCUCCCUUUGGACUGACACCCUCUUUUCUCUUGCCCCAUUCAGUCCGUAAUAAAGCACAGCAGGCGCUGGGCUCGCCUUGUGUCUGCUUCCUUGUCCCAUUUCAGGACUUCGGAUCUGUUCACUCCCAGCCCUUCCCUGCCGUGUACACGGCGCCCCAUGCUUCUGACCCCUCCCCCACCUACUCCCGAAGUCGUGCCAAGCGUCAGCUGCAUGCAGCCCAGUGCCCUAUUAAUAAGCCUGUCAGAAGGAAGUCUUUGCCCUUCAUGUCGUUUGCCUUCUCCCCUCCUCCACUGAGUCUUUUCCUCCUUCAGAUCACACGAGGGUUGUGGAGCUGCACCGGGGGCCUGGCCACCUUUGGGAAUAAGGCCAAGACUAGGUACCCUGUGAAAGUAGAAGAGACUGAAGGCAUUAGCAGGGUUAUGGGGAGCCCCAAGGGCGGGAGCUCCCCCACCUCCUCCUAGUAACUUGACCCUCCCUGCCUGUUGAUCCCUAGAGUAUAAAUAAUCCCCUGAUGAGCUGGCAGUAACCCUUGGGGGUUAGUGCCAGGAUUCCCAUCCCAAAGCCCAAGGAAGGAGGCAGGCAGCGUGGACAGAAGGGCCUUUAUUUACAGGAAAGGGGGAAGGUGAUGAGCUGAGCAUCCGUGGCAUCGGCUCUACAUGAUGAAGGCGAAGGGCGUGUUAGCUCUUUUUUUGCUGGCGACCUGUGAAAGCAGGAGAGUGAACAGUCUUUAUUCCACCUCACUCCCACCAGGUGCUUUUCUCUUUCUAGUUCUUUGGCUAGACUCAGAGGUAACGUCUUAAGCCCCCAAAGUUGCACACCCCACAUUGUCACAGCACCGUGAGAAAUAACCUGGCAAAUGAAAAUCCCCUGCCUCUGAGCAGGGCCGUCCUGCUUGCCUCCGCUCUGCUGGCUGGGCCUGGGGCGGGAGCCCUCCGCCUCCUCUCUCGUCACUGACUGGCUGCCGUGUGUGAAGGCUGCUUUGCUGGCGCCCAGGCUCUUAGUCACUAGGCUUUCAGGAGCACCCAUCUGUGUCUAGGGCCCCUGUCACCCCCACGGCCCCCGGCAGGGACUCACGGAGUUCGUUGUUCCGCGUCAUGGCCUGGGCUGCCCGAGCUCGUGGCCCCUGCUGAGUGAAGUGGUAGCCAAAGCGGACAAUGGAAGGGCACUGUUCGAGCACCCUGGCCAUCUCCAUCUCCACCGCGUCGCCGGGCCACUGGCGCUGGCGGAGGGAGGGGAAAGCUGUCAGGCCCCCUUGCUGGGCCGCUCACCGUCCCCAACCGUGCACCUCUGGGAAGCCAGAGACUCGUUUCUCUAGCGUGGACGGUGGGACGUGCUGACUGGGCCCCCACGCGGAGGAUGAAGAGGAGAUUGAAACAGGCAGCCCCACGCUGCCGCGGGGAGCAGAGUCAGCAGGCUCGGGGGAGGCCGCGCAGGGCCGCUGACCUGGUUGUCCACGCGGAGCUCGGUGAGAGUGGCGUUCUCCCGAACUGCCUGCAGCACGGCCAUGAGCCCUGUGCUACUGAUGAAGUUGGACUCGAUGUUCAAGCUCUGCAGGCUGCGGUUCUCCCGCAGCAUGUCGGCCACCGCCUGUGUAGUAGGGACUGGGGUUAGGGUUAGGGGCCGUCUCACAGAUGGCCGAGGAGAGAGGACAGGAGCCAGAGGGAAAUGCCCUUUGGGAAGGGUCCUCCCCAGGCUGUAGGUGGAGCCACGGGAGAUGGGAGUGCGGGAGACAGUAGGGGAGAGCGGGGUCUGUCUCCUGGGAAGAUGACCUGAGAAUUCCCGGGGCUGGGAGCUGUGGGGCUCAGGGAGGGGUCUCCAUCGGAGCCACCCUGAGAGCGUGAUGGGAGCGGCGCCCUGCACAACCCUUCGCAACAGCCCUGCCAGGGUGCUGGGGGAGGGGAGGGAGCGCUCUGGGGCAUCCUCCAGCCUUACACUAGCGAUGGGGUCGCCGCUCUUUGUGGCCACCAGGCUGAAGCUGCGGACAUGGGUGUUGGUCUUCAUGGCCUCGCACAGCUCCGUGAGCAAGGGUAUCGGGAUGUCCUGCGGGGCGGGAGGCGGUGGGCACUGGCACGCGUGUGCAGU